AUGUCCGACGAUGUCAUCAAUAGUCCGACCAGCCCGACUGUGAAGCCAAAAUCCAAGUCCUAUGAAGGAUCUUGCCACUGUGGAAGAGUCAGAUUCACCAUGAAGCUCUCACCUCCUGUUGAGGAUGGCCCAGUGACCAGCUGCAAUUGCUCUAUUUGUGCCAUCAACGGAUAUCUCAUGGUCUACCCCCUGGAAUCCAACAUCACCUGGCUCAGCGGUUUUGACGAACUGACCACUUACACCUUUGGCAAAGAGAAAAUUGCCCAUUCUUUCUGCUCGACCUGCGGGACCAGCAUUGGCGGGAAGAGCACGGAUCCAAACUUUUUCGCCGACAACCGGGCGUUGAAUGUCCGCACAUUGAAAGGCGUCGACGUCGACGCCCUUCGACUGAGAAAAGUUGACGGGCGAAAUGCAGAGAUCAAACUCCCAUCCGAUGCACCUCGCAAAUUGUCCCGUUGA